GUCGCUCAACCGUGUCGUUCGGCCGCCUGCUAGAACCUCGGAACCGAGAGAUCUAGGGAAAAGUUGAAGUGCUCGGGUGUCCUGGCGUUUUCUCUUUUUUUCCCCUGGCUGACUGUGUGAGUGAGAAAAUUGCUGUUGGAGUUCUUUUGCCGCUUGCAUCAUUGGUGGUAAUUACAGAUUGCUGUAAUUAAAAAUGCUCAGAAAUAUCAAGAAGGAUGAGACUUUGAAAUCAGGGUGGUAAACUAGGAAGCUUUGUCCUUACUAAUAAUGCUUUCAUGGAGCUCGUGAUUGAAGAAAUGUUUUCAUAAACUGUAAGGCAGUAAUGUAAGCCGUUAACAUUAGGAGACACCCGGCGAGGGACGCUUCUGUAUAUCCUUUGCAGCUUUUCUGUAAAUAUAAAAUCGUUCAGAAAAAAAUGCAAGUCGCACCCAACCAAUCAGUUAUAUUUGAGAUCAGUGAAUCCGGGGCACAGCAGUACUUCUCCCAGUUUUGUAAUUAUUUGCUGAGAAUCAUUUUGUGUAAGGGUGCUAUUUUUCUGGAGGAGAGGUUUAGAUAGUAUUAUGUAUGGAACAGCUUAAGUGAAAUAACUUAACCUUGUGUUGUACAGUAUGCAGAUAAAUUAUUGCUUGAAAAUAUAUAAUUCAAGGAGAGGGCAGUGAUGAGCCUUUAGGGACUGUCAUGAGGAAGUAGACUAAAAAAGGCAGCUGGUUUCGUGUUUAUUUCUUGACUUAUAGUUUAGAUAAGGCAUAUUUCCAGAGCUAAAAUUUUGGCCUGAGGCACAGUUUGGAAAUAGUUUAAGACACCUUCAGGGUGAUCACACACAAAAUCAUUUGCAAAGAAAUAUUUAUUUUCUGUUGCUUGUGCAGAUUUGGGAUGGGGGUGGGAGAAGAAGGGAAGCUGAAGAACUAGCAUGAGGGGAACUGAAUGAGCCAAGUGCUGUCAUAUAGUCUUCUGGAAGUAGCUGUUACACUCUUAAUAUUACAGCUUAGCAAGACCCCAGAGAGUCAUCCCGGGGUACCACUGGCUCAGCAGCUCUUGUUCUGUCCUCCUGGUGGCACAAGGAAUGCCCCUUUGUAUAUUCUUAAUUUUUUUUAAAAUUUGAGAUUUGUAGGAAGUCUUCAUUUUUAAACUGAACAUGCACUUUGAACAACCCAUUGUGUUUGUUUUGUGUUAAAAUAGUAUACCACCUUCAAGAUUUCUUUUCCUACCAAAUGUGCACUCCUUGAAAUAAGAUUUAAUUUUGACUGAGGAUGAAUUAAGUUGUUGGAUUUCCUCCCCCCCUCCUUUUUCAGAAUCUCUGUUUUUAAAGGGCCUAGGUGACUGCCAAACCCUAACCUUGUUGAUUACUUGAGAAGAUAAUCAGUCUUUCUACAUUCACUUUUAGAGUAGCAAACGGCCAGUGUUGGUUCUUCAGAAUGAAGCACUUUAUUCACAGCGGCGUUCCUAUACUAGUGAGGAUGAAGCCUGGAAGUCUUUCCUGGAAAACCCGCUCACUGCAGCAACCAAAGCGAUGAUGAGUAUCAAUGGUGAUGAGGACAGUGCUGCCGCGCUGGGCUUGCUCUAUGACUACUACAAGGUUCCGCGAGAGAGAAGGUCAUCAGCAGCAAAGGCAGAUGUUGAGCAUCCUGAGCCGGACCAUAGCAAAAGAAACAUACCAAACGUGACGGAGCAGCCCCUCAUCUCUGCUGGCGAAAACAGAGUGCAGGUGCUGAAGAACGUGCCGUUCAACAUCGUCCUUCCCCACGGCAACCAGCUGGGCAUCGACAAGAGAGGACAUCUGACAGCCCCCGACACCACGGUCACCGUCUCCAUCGCGGCGAUGCCCACCCACUCCAUCAAGACAGAAAGCCAGCCCCACGGCUUUGCUGUGGGCAUCCCCCCAGCAGUGUAUCACCCCGAGCCCACGGAGCGUGUAGUGGUUUUCGACCGGAACCUGAACGCUGACCAGUUUGGCUCUGGCGCUCAACCCCCCAACGCGCAAAGGCGCACUCCAGACUCUACCUUCUCAGAGACCUUCAAGGAAGGCGUUCAGGAGGUUUUCUUCCCCUCGGAUCUCAGUCUGCGGAUGCCUGGCAUGAAUUCAGAGGACUAUGUUUUUGACAGUGUUUCUGGGAACAACUUUGAAUACACCCUGGAAGCCUCCAAAUCGCUCCGACAGAAGCCAGGAGACAGCACCAUGACGUACCUGAACAAAGGCCAGUUCUACCCCGUCACGCUGAAGGAAGUGAGCGGCAACGAGGGCGUCCACCACCCCAUCAGCAAAGUCCGCAGUGUGAUCAUGGUGGUUUUUGCUGAGGACAAGAGCAGAGAAGACCAGCUGAGGCACUGGAAAUAUUGGCACUCACGGCAGCACACGGCAAAACAAAGGUGUAUUGACAUAGCUGACUACAAAGAAAGCUUCAAUACCAUCAGCAACAUUGAGGAGAUCGCUUAUAAUGCCAUUUCUUUCACUUGGGACAUUAACGAUGAAGCAAAGGUUUUCAUCUCUGUGAACUGCUUGAGCACAGACUUCUCUUCUCAGAAGGGUGUGAAGGGGUUGCCUCUGAACAUCCAGAUUGACACCUAUAGCUAUAACAACCGCAGCAACAAGCCUGUGCAUCGGGCAUACUGCCAGAUAAAGGUCUUCUGUGACAAGGGAGCCGAACGGAAGAUCAGAGAUGAAGAACGAAAACAAAGCAAAAGAAAAGGCAAGUGCACUGACCCCAGCUCCCAGUUGAACGCCUUUUCCGACGUCAAAGUGCCGCUUCUUCCAUCUCACAAGCGCAUGGACAUCACGGUUUUCAAGCCCUUCAUUGAUCUCGACACCCAGCCUGUCCUCUUCAUCCCCGAUGUGCACUUUGCAGGCCUUCAGCGGGGUGCUCACGUCCUUCCCAUUGCCUCAGAAGAACUGGAGGGUGAAGGGUCCAGCCUGAAGAGGGGGCCGUACAGCUCGGAAGACGACUUUGUGAUCCCGCCUCCUGCUAAGAUGACCCGGGUAGAAGAACCAAAGAGAGUGCUUCUCUAUGUGCGGAAGGAGUCAGAAGAAGUCUUCGAUGCCCUGAUGCUCAAGACUCCAUCCUUGAAAGGCCUGAUGGAAGCUAUCUCUGACAAAUAUGAUGUUCCCCAAGAAAAGAUUGGGAAAAUCUUCAAGAAAUGUAAAAAAGGGAUCCUGGUGAACAUGGACGACAAUAUCGUGAAGCAUUAUUCCAACGAAGACACCUUCCAGCUGCAGAUGGAAGAGUCUGGGGGAUCGUUCAAGCUCACCCUCACUGAGAUCUGAGGACGCCACGUCCACGACUCCCAGCAAGCUCAGCGAAGCUGUCACCUGGGCCUUUGGGGUUGGCAGGCCACAGGUUCGCCAGUCAGCCACCUUCCAAAUGUGGGUGGAUGUCAGUGGAUGUUGGAGGUGGCGCUGCUUUUGGCUUGGAGAUAGCAUUGAAUGUAUUGCAUUGGCGUUUUUCAGAUGACCCCAGAAAGCAUAUUUGAAUUUUCUGCUAUAAAUACUUAGGAUUAAAAGUGGAACUUUGUUCCAAGAUUUGCUAGGUUACCUGGGUACCUUUAGGAUAUCUGCUACAUUAUUUAUGGAACUGUCUCUUCAGCACGGGUGCACGUCAGACUCGAUGUGACUCUGACUGCCUCAGGUCACGGGUGGGGUGCCCCCAACGGACAGGGGCGCUUCUCUCCUCGGCCUCUCAUUCCCCAGUAAGUGUUUACUCCAACAGGGCAGGUUACCGACAUCUUCCUUUGCGACUGUCUUGAACAUAUCAACUGCCUCUCUUAUGAAGAACCCGAACGGUGACAGUGUGCCUCCGUCAGGCUAAAGCUGCGUGUAUGUAAGUGCAAUACGUCUUGAAGGCCUGUGUCUGUAAAUGUGUACAUACCUGUCUUAUAUAAAUAGAUAAUAUAUACAUGUGGUGUCUGUACAUACAGCGAAGAGACGCGAUGAGGUCUACCCUAAGGACUUUCUUGAGACGAGAGGAUAAGUUAUUUCUGACCACCUACACCCAGCAGGUAGCAUGCUGUGCUUCGUGAACCCCGCUCAUACGCUUUCUCUGGGUUUUCCCAAACACAGCCACCAUUCCGUAGCAUAGCAAAACCUCAGAUGACAGAGAUGCUGCACACUCUUGAGAAGGUUGUUAUUUGGAUGUCUGCACUGUUUAACAAAUGAAGUAAAGGAAAAAGCACUGCUGCAGCUCACGUCUGCUGUGUCUGCUCCUAUUAGUCAGGUGUCCCCAACUGAUACGAGCGGGAAUAAACACAGUGAUCACGGCACACACUGUCGUCACCGUGAACCAGGAGGUGCAACUCGGGAUGGAGUGCUUCCAGAUCUCUGUGCUACAGGAAAUGACUUCUGUUUUAUCACGUUUCAGAACCUCCAGGCUUUGAUGGUCUUGUAUGCUAACAUCUCUAAAAAGCAUUCAUGAGUUUAUGAGACUGUAUUACUAUGGGGAACAUUUUUAUACGUGUUUAAAUAUAUAAAAAUACUAAAGAGUGUAAUUUUGUAAUGGAAAUAAAAAUCGCAGGUAUCUCUAGGUUCAGGGAAGUAGAAUAGGCUAUUUGUAUACAUAGGAUUGAUAGUUACAUUUUCCAUUAAAAUAUUCUAAUGAAGUAUGUGAACUAAAUUGCUGGCUUUCUAAGAUAAGAUGUUAUGGGACACGGGUCAUAUAACAAUAUUUUGUAUUUUGUUUUAUGAAAUUGAUUUUGUCUUGUUUUUAAUUGUAUAAUUGAAGAUGUAUUUUAAACCAAAGGGAUUAAAUUUUAUAUGUCUAUUUCGUAA